UCCAGAGUAAGACCUAACUUUCAGUUUCGAGUCCGUGGGAUGCCAAGGCCUUGUAACGGGAAUCCAUUCGGAUAGGUAGAUUGCAGAUUCGAAUACGCGCUGCGUGUUUUGUGAAUUACGCUACUGAUUCUACCGUCCUCAAAUUCAGUCGAAAUCAAUGCCUCAAACGCGAUAAAUCGUUUGUCAUGCGUUGUUUUGAUUCGUUUUAACAGUGAACUGUGACCCUUAAAUGUUUUCGAAGUGGUUGAGUGACUUAGGUUGAAGAAAAUGGAGCCGAAAGAGAAGGAAAACCAUAAGUUGAAAGUGGGUGAUUUUGAGCUUGAACAACCGGUGAGGAGAAGUUGGUGGGAAGGUUUUAAGAGACUUCUUAAGGAGUAUUGUGAAGUGGCUUCUAUUCAAGGACCGAACUACAUUGUUAGGGAUGGCACUUCAAAGUUAGAAAGGGCCUGGUGGAUAUUGAUACUACUUCUCUGUGUUGGAGGCUGUUCUUAUAUGAUAUAUCAGAUAAUAGAUAAAUGGAUUACAUCGCCAGUAUUAGUAACAUUGGCUACUAAGGAAUCGGCAAUUCACACCGUUCCAUUCCCUUCAGUGACCAUUUGUCCCGAAACUAAAAUUUCAAGCAGUUGCUUGAACUACACUGAUACCCUAAAGAAGAGGAAUUCAGGUGCUCUAUUAGAUGUGGAUAUAGUGGAGAAUAUUUAUUUUGAUUACAUGUCUCUGCUUUGUAAGGCUGAGAAUCACCCGAAUAAAGAAUCACUUCAAACGUUUAUACGCAAUCGAUUCAAUGAAUCAAGUGAUCUGUAUAAAGAAAUAAUUGAGGCAGAUUACUUCAAAGUGAACGAUUAUGCAGAAUUUUUAGAUAAGUGUAAAUCAGUUUCACUUGAUUACUCGUAUUGUGAAUGGAUGGGAAAAUCCGUACAAUGUAAGGAUGUAUUGACGCCCCUAUUGACAGAUGAAGGCUUGUGCUAUAGUUUCAACAUGUUCGAUGUUCGGGAUAUCUACAGCGAAAAUAACAAAAUGCAAUAUUAUGAAGAAUCGAUAAGAAAUCCAUCUUGGGAUCCUGAUUCAGGUUUUCCCGAAGAUAUAUUUGCCGACGGAUAUCCCCGAAGAGCUUUUCUUAGUGGUGCAAAGAAUUCUCUGGUAGUUGUGCUAUUCACGAAGAAAAGUGAAAUCUACUAUUCUUGUAGAGAUUUCGCUCUACAAGGUGUAAGGGUUUCAUUACAUAUGCCCUCUAGAAUUCCCAGACCAAGUCAGGUAUUUUUUUCAGUGGGCCUUGAUCGAUUGACGACAGUCGCAGUAACGCCAUCCUUGAUGACAACAACGUCAACCAUAAGAGAGUAUGAUCCCGAGGACAGAAAUUGCUAUUUUAGUUCAGAAAGAAAAUUGAAAUACUUCAAAGUCUACUCACAAGCGAAUUGCGAUCUAGAGUGUUGGACUAAUUACACAAUUCAAUAUUGUGGCUGUGUACAUUUUUACAUGCCGAGAGAUGCGGACACCCCAAUCUGUGAUGUGGAAAAGAGAUUCUGUUUAGAAGAUGCGAGAGUUGAUUAUCCAAUAAGUAUACUCCAUGAGAGGUUAGCUGUUAGAGAUGCCAAAGCCGAAAAUUCACCAAGAAGGACUUCGGAUUGCAAUUGUUUGCCAAUUUGUACAGAUCUCAACUACAACGCAGAAAUCUCCAGUGGUAAAUGGAAAUAUUACAAACAAGUCGAUGAUGAAACUGCCAGAGAGUACCACGCGUCUGCUGUGAAAGUUUUCUUCAAAAGCACAUAUUUUCUACCUUCAGAAAAAAGUGAAUUAUACGGUAUAAUUGACUUCAUUUCUAAUGCUGGAGGCAUAUUGGGACUGUUUUUGGGAUUCUCACUUUUUUCAGUAGCUGAAAUUCUUUAUUUCGUCAGCAUCAAACUAAUUGAGAAUAACAGAAGAUAUGGAUAUUGGGCAGGGGUAAGAAGAAAUAGCGACGUCUGAGAUUAGUGUUGAGAAGAACACUCUGUCUUUUCCUUUGUGUGUAGAGGAAGUGGUGAACACCAUCGUCUCCAAAUCGAUUGGAAUACGUUCAGUAUUGAGAAAUGCAACUUUGUUGUGUGUAAAGAAUAUGUUAUUUUUGGAAUAAAAUGGAGAAACUGCGUCUUUUUA